AUACAAUGCUAGCAUAUAUUCCGCGAAUUUUAUUUUAAAUUUUAAUUUAUUCCAGCAUGAUUUAGGGUUUGUAUAAUCUGAAAUUUGUUGAAUUUGUCAUUUAUUUAAUUGUAUUUUUUCAAAAAAAGUUUUAGGGUUGUAUAAUCGAACAAGUAUUGUAUAGUAAUGGGAGUCAAGUCGCCAUUGAUGUAUUGGAGUGCACGAUUUUAGGAUAGGAAUUAUUUGGAGUGAAAUGAAAUAUAAUAUAAAAUUUGGUAAAGAUUCCAUAAGAUAGAGUAGAAGAAUACAUAUAUUAUGGAAGUUGAAUUGAUGAUUAAGUUGACCUUUCGGAGUAGCCAGGUUAAUUGUUUUAGGAGUUUGACACCCAGAUUGAUUGUGAUAUGUCAAAUUCAUAAUCUGAGUUUUGUUUUUAAUAUAUAUAUGCAUGUGUUGGGGUUAAUAUAUGUUGUGUUGAUGACUUGGUCAUGGUUUGAAACUUUGUAUGAUUGUGAAAAACAAUCUGGAUGAAGGUAGGAAGGCAUUGCGAGUUGCGAGUUGCGAGUUGCGACAGCUUUCUCUUAGCUAAUUCAUGACAUGCAACUAUGGAAGGUUGUUUUUUUUAAUGAUCAAUUAAAUGGUCAAGCUCUUUUUUUUUUUAGAAAAAUUUUAGGGGUAAGGCUUGUUCAGAUAUAACAUAGUGAGCACGUUUUGGUUCUGGAAGUUGGAUUCUUUCAGAACUAUAUUUGUUGAUUAGUUAUACAAUGGCCAGCCGGAAAAAUGAAAAGAAAGAAGCCUGCAUAAUGAUAUUGAUGUUUGAAAGAACUGUAAGCGAAUCGACUUGAUUCGUUUAUUGUAUUGAAGAGGAGGGAAGAGGUGCUCCACUCUCUUCUUUUUCUUCUUCUUCUUCCAAAGGAAGCCAAGGAAAAUUUCAGGGAGUGCUUGGUUUGAUAUUGCUAUUACGUUAAAGUUUCGGAUUUUCUUUAGAAAUGUCGGCGUUAGUUCCAUCACCAGAUAUUGUAGUUUCUCCAGUGUCACCACCAGCUCCUGACUCCACACCUCCACCAACUCCUACAACUACUUCUCCACCUCUUAGCCCACCAACAGAACCUGCAACCCCAGCUCCUUCACCUCCAGCCCCAACUCCAUCUCCUCCACCUCCGAGCCCAUCACCACCUCCAGUUCUUUCACCUCCACUUCCAAGUCCAUCACCACCUCCUUCGCCACCACCUCCUAGUCCGUCUCCUCCACCUCCAGCUCCAGUUCCCGAAACUCCACCUCCUAGUCCGUCUCCUCCACCUCCAGCCCCAGUUCCUGAGACGCCACCUCCUAGUCCGUCUCCUCCACCUCCAGUCCCAGCUCCAUCCCCUCCACCUCCAAGCCCAUCCCCUCCACCUCCAAGCCCAUCUCCUCCACCUCCAGCCCCAACUCCUGAGACUUCACCUUCACCUAUAAGUCCGUCACCACCUCCUCCAAGCCCAUCCCCUCCUCCUCCUAGCCCAUCUUCUCCAUCUCCAAGCUCUCCUACUCAGCCUCCACCCCCUGAACCUUCCCCGAGUUUACCACCACCUCCACUUCCAAGCCAGCCGCUGUCACCAGAAACACCCCAAACUCCUCCUCUGUCUCCGCCAAAUGUACCUCGCACUCCUCCAAACCCUGGAUCAGACUCAACUCCACCAUCCUCACUUGAAAUUCCUCCUCCACCAGCUUCAUCAUCUCGUUCAUCAACCGGCCUUAUUGUGGGCAUUGCAAUAGGGGGUGUGGCUGUAUUGGCUGUGUUUAUUUUCCUGUGGUUACUCUUAGCUAGGAGGAAGAAAAAGAAAGAACCAUAUGGAGGAGAGGGUUAUUACGUGCCCAAAGAUGGCUUUUAUCAAGGGUCAACACAAUCUGGGCCACAGAGUGGUGCCCAGUCAGCUGAUCAAUUUUCAAUGCCUAACCCAUCUCAUCCAUCGAUGGGAGCUGUACCAUCAAGGUCGAAUUCUUCAACACCUCCACAACCACUGUCUACAAGUGGCAGUGGAGCUCUCUGGUCAAACAGUUCAGGACCUGAGAAUUCAAUUCCUCCAUCUUCACAUGGAAUUAUAUUAGGAAAUUCAUCGAGCUCCUUUACUUAUGAAGAACUUUCAGUUGCAACUGAUGGCUUCUCAAGUAACAAUCUUCUAGGACAAGGUGGUUUUGGAUAUGUUCAUAAAGGGAUCCUUCCAAAUGGGAAAACAGUAGCUGUCAAGUCACUAAAAGCCAAUAGUGGGCAGGGUGAUCGUGAAUUUCAAGCAGAGGUGGAGACAAUUAGCCGAGUGCACCACAAGCAUCUUGUGACAUUGGUUGGAUACUGCAUUACUGGCCCACAGAAAUUGCUUGUUUAUGAGUUUCUUCCAAACAAAACCAUGGAGUUCCAUUUGCAUGGGAAUGGACAAACUGUAAUGGAUUGGUCCACGAGGCUGAAGAUUGCUGUUGGUUCUGCGAAAGGAUUGGCAUAUUUGCAUGAGGAUUGUCAUCCAAAAAUCAUUCAUCGCGAUAUUAAAGCAGCUAAUAUACUUCUGGAUUUCAAGUUUGAGGCCUUGGUUGCUGAUUUUGGACUGGCAAAGUUCACUUCUGAUGCUGACACUCAUGUAUCCACCCGAGUUAUGGGAACUUUUGGGUACAUGGCUCCAGAGUAUGCUAAUUCCGGAAAGCUCACUGAGAAGAGUGAUGUUUUCUCUUUUGGAGUAAUGCUUCUGGAAUUAAUUACAGGGCGUCGUCCAGUUGACUACUCACCAAAUUCUGAGAUGGAGGAUAGCUUGGUGGACUGGGCUAGACCACUACUUUCAAAAGCUGUGCAAGAUGGGAAUUUUGAUCCUUUAGUUGAUCCACGAUUGGAAAGCAAAUUUGACUAUGAAGAAAUGGGCUGCAUGAUCACUUGUGCUGCUUCUUGUGUACGUCAUUCUGCAAGACGCAGACCACGAAUGAGUCAGGUAGUUCGGGCCCUAGAAGGAAAUCUGUCUUUAUCCGAUCUUAAUGACGGUGUUAAGCCGGGAUUUAGCUCAUCCCAGGGUUCUGUUGACAUGGAUAGUAGUGUGGACAAGGAGGAUGUGAAGAAAUUCAGGAAGCUAGUAUAUCUAAGUGAAGAUUACGCUAGUAGCGAGUUUGAUAGGACACGAAGUCAGUUUUCUGAUGGUGGACGGCUAAGUAGCGAGAUGCGACGGCAAACAUGAACACAAACCUGGAGGGUGAGCUGACUAUAUUUCAUCCUGAGAGAUCUGCUCACAACUUUUCUCUCGUGUAAAAAAAAUCUUGCGGAAUGAGGAUCGGCCAAAGUGGCAUGAUUCUGAUUCUUUUUGUUUUCACCUAGCACAUUGAUGUAUCAAUUCAUUUCUUUAUUCAAUCUGUCAUUUGUAUUUAACUAUCGCCCAACAUGAAAAUUCUCGGACAAAGCGGGGGUAGUUUUGGUUAGCGAUGAUUGAUAACAUGAAAUGUAAGAUCAAGAAUCUGAAACUUCGUUUGUAGAUCCUGAAAUUGGAUAUAAAGAACUUGUGAUAAA